AUGAUGGGGCAAGACAACAAGAUCACCGUGGACAUGAUGGAGAAGACCAAUGUCGAGGGCGUCGAUGUCCCUGGCUCAACCGAUAUCACCUUUCGACAGGCACUAAAGGCAAACCCAAAAGUCAUGAUCAAUUGCAUACUAAUGACCUUGGGUCCCAUGGCUUUCGGAUUUGAUAUAAUCAUCGUUGGUGUGGUUACAGCCAUUCCUGCCUUUCUCCAAACCUACGGUGAGUUCGACGGCAAGCAAUAUAUUCUGCCUUCUCUCUGGCUCUCCCUCUGGAAUGCAUUCAUGCAGAUCGGCUUCAUGAUCGGCUCUGUGCUGAACGGCUGGCUUUCCGAUCGCUUUGGUCGUAAAGUCUCCAUGAUGGCUGGUGCUGCCAUUACGUCGCUGGGAGUCGCUGUCAUCUUCACCUCAGACCUCAGUGGAAGCGUAGAGCACCGCCGCGGAGCCUUCCUGGCAGGAAAGAUUGUUCUGGGCAUCGGUCUCAGCAUGAUGGCAACCACUUCCUUGAUUUAUAACUCGGAGAUCAUCCACCCAAAGCUCCGAGGCGUUGUCUUGUCGCUAUUCCAGUUCUUUUUGGUCUUCGGUCAAAUGAUCGCCGCGUUCGUGGCUGGCAGCCAGAUCACCAUCGGCUUCCAAUUGGUGUCCUACCGCACUUGUUUCGCCACCCAGUGGGCAAUGGCUGGUGCCGCCUUGGUGGCUGCACUUGUCGUCCCUGAAAGUCCUGUUUAUUUGCUCAAACGUGGAAAGGUUGAAGCCGCCCGAAAGUCUUUGACAAGGCUCCACGAUCCGACGAUGGCCGAGUCGUCGCUCAUCUCCAUACAAGAAACUCUGGACCACGAGAAAGCGGAGCAGCAACUGUCAAGUGAUGCCACAUACCUAGAGUGCUUCAAGGGCCACAAUUGGCGCCGGACACGCAUCAUUCUGUAUGCCAGUAUUGUACAGCAAUUCCACGGCAUCUCGUUUGUGGCCAACGGAACAUACUUUAUGAUUGUUGCUGGACUGUCUCCGGUCAACGCGAUCAAAGUCCUUGAGGUGGCGUGCGCCUUGGCCCUGGUUGGGAUCAUGGUUUCCUGGUUCUUGUCACAUCUCGCGGGACGGAGGCCAACACUUAUCGGCUGCACGGCGUUCCUAUGCCCGGUAUGGAUCAGCAUUGGUAUUGCCGGCUGCUAUCCUACCAGCAAGGCUGCAUUGUGGUACAUGGGCAUCAUGAUUAAUCUGAUCCUUUUCUUUUUCAACGUUGGCGCUGGCCCAGUCAUCCCCAUCAUCGUCGCCGAGACCUCCUCGGUCCGCCUCCGAGCAAAAGCCAACGGUAUCGGCUUCCUGUGCAACGGCUUUGCUUCAUGGGCCUUCAACUUCUUCGUCCCAUACCUUUUCAACGUUGAUGAACUCAACUGGGGAGGCAAAACGGGCUUCUUUUUUGCAGGCCUCACUGCUAUCGCUGGCGUGGUGCUCUGGCUGGAGCUGCCUGAGAUGAAAAAUCGAACCUACCGGCAGUUGGAUGAGAUGUUUGAGAAUCGUGUCCGCACAAGAGAUUUUCGGAAAUACGCCUGUACUACAUAA